AUGUCCUGCCAGCAGAGCCAGCAGCAGUGCCAGCCCCCUCCCAAGUGUGCCCCCAAGUGCCCUCCCAAGUGCCAGACACCAAAGUGUCCCCCAAAGUGUCCUCCUAAGUGUCCCCCUAAGUGCCCUCCUGUCUCUUCCUGCUGCAGUCUGGGUUCUGGGGGCUGCUGUGGCUCCAGUUCUGGGGGCUGCUGUGGUUCAAGCUCCGGGGGCUGCUGCAGCUCUGGCGGUGGCGGCUGCUGCCUGAGCCACCACAGGCCCCGCAGAUCUCUCCGUCACAGACACCAAAACUCUGGAUGCUGUAGCAGUGGUGGCAGCAGUGGCUGCUGUGGCAGCAGUGGUGGCAGCAGCUGUGGCAGUAGCCAGCAGUCUGGGGGCUGCUGCUAA